AUGGCCCUCAAGUUCUUGUCCAGUCACAGCAGCAGUGCCGGCACAAGUUCCAGCAUAAAGCACUUUGACAUACGACUGGAUAACGACUACAUCGUCUUCCGAGGAAGCGAAGAUGAGGCCGCCAGUGCCCAGUUGGCUGGAUCGGUGGUGUUAUGUGUGACAGAGCCGCUUAACAUAUCCCACGUGCAGCUGACUUUGAGUGGAAUCAUUCACAUGUCAUGGUCUGCUACAUCCGCGUCCUCGAUGUCCGGCAGAAAAAGUGCAUACAAGGAGAAGACAUUCUUCGAAAAGACAUGGCCAUUCAAGGUCGCUGGCAAAGAGAAGUCGCUUGUACUAUUGCCAGACAACUACGAGUGGCCAUUCGAUUGCAUACUGGAGGGCAGUCUGCCCGAGAGUGUCGAGGGCCUGAAAGAUGCUUGGAUCAUAUAUCGGUUGAAGGUCGAGAUUGGCCGCAAGAGAGGGAAAGACAUUGUCAUCAGGAAACCACUGCGAAUAGUACGGACUCUUGACCCGAGUGCUCUCGAGUUGGCGCAUGCAAUGAGUGUGGAGAACAUAUGGCCGAACAAGAUCGAAUAUUCAAUCAGUGUACCCAGCAAGGCCAUAAUAUUUGGAUCUUUCCUCCGAGUCGACUUCAAGCUGAUACCGCUAUUGAAAGGACUGGUCAUUGGACAGAUAUCGACACAAGUACGAGAAGAGCAGGAGUUCAUCGUCGACCCCGACUGGGGCGUCUCGGCUCUUGGCGGAGGGCAAACCAAGCAUGACCGCACCAUUGCCAGCGACCUGUACACCAUCGACGCCGAGAAGGACGAGCAGAUCAUCGACGAGGCUGCAGAAGGCUUCCAAUUUUCACGAUUCGUCGAACUACCAAAGACCCUAAAUGCAUGCUUACAGGACUGCAAUGUCAAGGGGAUCAAGGUACGGCAUAAGGUCAAGUUCAACGUACAACUACACAACCCAGACGGACAUAUAUCAGAACUGAGGGCCAAUCUACCGGUCGCGUUCUACAUUUCACCUAAUCUACCCAUCAACGAGAACAACGAUCUGGUCGAUCAAUCGCCACAAGCGAGCCGAGCAGCGGUCGAGAACGACAUGAACCAUUGCGCACCACCCCUGUACGGUGCGCAUCAGCUAGACAAGCUGUACUCGGAGGUUGACCCAUCUGGCUAUCUCACUCCUGCUGCAGGACCUGGAACGCCCUACCUACACAGCAGGCAGCCAUCACACGAAAAUUUGCGUUCGCUCGACGCAAUUGCAAGCAGUCACGGCACAUCUGGCAUCAGCACGCCCCUAGGAGGAUCGAUCAGUCCUGCAGCACUGCAGUAUCGUUUACAGAAUCUCGACGUGGCGAGCGGCAGCCUCUCGCGCAACGACAGUCAAGAAGAUGGAGUCACUCGGGCUUCGGAUCCGAAUGAGCCAGGCAGUUACUUUUCACCCGAGGAUGCCUCGCACGACAGCAGCGGCGUUCUUUCACGGCGAGAGAGCGAAGAAGCCGAUGGUCUUCAAUCAGGAGCUCGAACGCCAUUUGCGGUAUAUGCACAUACCGAGGAUUUGGCGAGGGUGCCGUCGUAUAGCACCGCCGUGAAGGCGCCGGCUCCGCAUACAAACGCGGGCGACCUGCCGACCUAUGGUGCAGUGACGACUAAUGGCGAGAGCUCUUCAUCACACCCGCCGCUGCCGGAGCCGCCGAGUGCACAUCUGCGAGAUCCAAGAAAUGGACUGGGCAGGAGUCCGCCGCAGAAUCGGAAUUUGAGCUAUCUGCAGGACGGCGAGAGGAGAUUGAGGUUGAUGCAGCUGCGAGGCCGAUAG